AUGCUGAUCACGGGCAUCGCGUUGAUCGGGGUCUUGGCUAUUGGCACCAUGGAAACACAAACGCUCACCAGCAGCGCAGGAAACAACGAGUGGGAGCCGAAGGGGCCGAGGAUGAUGCCAAAAGACACCAUGAGGCUGUGGAAGGAGGGCGGGUAUAUGUUUGUAGGCAUUGGAUCGACCAGCGAUCCGGGACUGGUCGGCUUUGUGAGACCGCUAAGCAGAAUGGUCACCACCAGAGAGAUGGUGCACAUGAUCCCCAGCAGGGAGAUGCUGCUGAGCACGCGGAGCGAAAGGAACGAGAACGGCGUGAGCACGCAGAACGCGAUCAGUUUGAAGUGGGUCACUGAGAUUUCCGGGAACAAUGCGUUGAGCGAGUCUGCAAACAGCACGAUCAGCGACACCCCGACACCAAUCAGCUCGAUCGAGAACAGACACGAAAUGAACAGUCUGCCUUUGGACCCGAACGCCUUGUAG